AAGAGCAGUAGUGCCCAGGCGGCGGUAGCGGUAGCCGAGGAGGUGGUGGCCGAAGCGAAGGCGACAGCUCCAGGGGGUGGCAGCGGCCCCGAGAGCAGAAUGCGGGUCGGCGUUGGGUGGACGCUGCUGCUCUGUGCGGCGCUGCUGGGCUUGGCCUCGGCGUCUUCGGAUGAAGAAGGCAGCCAGGAUGAGUCCUUAGAUUCCAAGACUUCCUUGCCGUCAGAUGAGUCAGUGAAGGAUCACACGGCCGCUGGCAGAGUCGUCGCUGGUCAGAUCUUUCUUGAUUCAGAAGAAUCAGAGUUGGAAACCCCUGCUCAGGAGGAGGAGGACAGCCUCAAGGGACAGGAAGGGGAACGUGUCACAGAAGAGGUCGGCUUUCUAGACUCUCCAAAUCCAGAAAGCGCAGACUAUGAAGAACCACAGAAAGUGUGGAAACCAGUUUUGACUGCCAUUGAAGGCACGGCACAUGGGGAGCCCUGCCACUUCCCCUUUCUCUUUCUGGAGAAGGAAUAUGAAGACUGUACGUCAGAUGGAAGGGAAGAUGGCAGACUGUGGUGUGCUACAACCUAUGAUUACAAAGCAGAUGAAAAGUGGGGCUUUUGUGAAACCGAAGAAGCAGCUGCUAAAAGACGGCAGAUGCGGGAAGCAGAAGUGAUGUACCAGACUGGCAUGAAAAUCCUCAAUGGAAGCAAUAAGAAAAACCAGAAACGAGAAGCAUUUCGGUAUCUUCAAAAGGCAGCAAGCAUGAACCACACCAAGGCCCUGGAGCGCGUAUCCUAUGCUCUUUUGUUUGGCGAUCACCUGACACAGAAUAUCCCAGCAGCUAAACAGAUGUUCGAGAGGCUGACUGAGGAAGGAUCUCCCAAGGGACAGACUGCCCUUGGCUUCCUCUAUGCCUCUGGACUUGGUGUUAAUUCAAGUCAGGCAAAGGCCCUGGUAUAUUAUACUUUUGGAGCCCUUGGUGGCAACCUCAUCGCCCACAUGGUUUUGGGUUACCGCUACUGGGCUGGCAUUGGAGUCCUCCAGAGUUGUGAAUCUGCACUGACGCAUUAUCGCCUUGUUGCCAAUCACGUUGCCAGUGAUAUCUCACUGACAGGAGGGUCAGUAGUGCAGCGAAUACGACUACCGGAUGAGGUGGAAAAUCCAGGAAUGAACAGUGGGAUGCUAGAAGAAGAUCUGAUUCAAUACUAUCAGUUCCUAGCUGAAAAGGGUGAUGUGCAAGCACAGGUUGGACUGGGACAGCUGCAUCUGCAUGGAGGACGUGGAGUAGAACAAAACCACCAGAGAGCAUUUGACUACUUCAACUUGGCAGCGAAUGCUGGCAAUUCCCAUGCUAUGGCCUUCUUGGGAAAGAUGUAUUCAGAGGGCAGUGAAAUCGUGCCUCAGAGUAAUGAGACAGCACUGCACUACUUUAAGAAAGCUGCUGACAUGGGCAACCCGGUUGGACAGAGCGGGCUUGGCAUGGCUUACCUCUAUGGAAGAGGCGUGCAAGUUAAUUACGAUCUGGCACUGAAGUACUUCCAGAAAGCGGCUGAGCAAGGCUGGGUGGAUGGGCAGCUGCAGCUUGGCUCCAUGUACUACAAUGGCAUUGGAGUGAAGAGAGACUAUAAACAGGCUUUGAAAUAUUUUAAUUUAGCCUCUCAGGGAGGCCAUAUCUUGGCAUUCUACAACCUAGCCCAGAUGCAUGCCAGCGGCACAGGUGUGAUGCGAUCAUGUCACACUGCAGUGGAGUUGUUUAAGAAUGUUUGUGAACGAGGCCGAUGGUCCGAGAGGCUGAUGGCUGCCUACAACAGCUAUAAAGAGGGCGACUACAAUGCCGCGGUGAUCCAGUACCUCCUGCUCGCUGAGCAAGGCUAUGAAGUGGCACAGAGCAACGCAGCCUUCAUUCUAGACCAGAGAGAGGCAAGCAUCGUAGGUGAGAAUGAGACUUACCCCAGAGCUUUGCUGCACUGGAACAGGGCUGCCUCUCAAGGUUAUACCGUGGCCAGAAUUAAGCUAGGUGACUACCAUUUCUAUGGCUUUGGCACUGAUGUCGAUUACGAGACGGCAUUUAUCCACUAUCGUCUGGCAUCUGAGCAACAGCACAGCGCACAAGCCAUGUUUAACCUGGGCUACAUGCACGAGAAAGGACUGGGCAUUAAACAGGAUAUCCACCUUGCAAAACGUUUUUAUGACAUGGCAGCUGAAGCCAGCCCAGAUGCCCAAGUACCAGUCUUCCUUGCCCUCUGCAAGCUGGGCAUUGUCUAUUUCUUGCAGUACAUCAAGGAAACAAACCUCCGAGAUAUGUUCACCCAGCUUGAUAUGGACCAGCUCUUGGGGCCUGAGUGGGACCUCUACCUCAUGACCAUCAUCGCGUUGCUCUUGGGAACAGUCAUAGCGUACAGGCAGCGGCAGCACCAAGACUUGCCAGUGCCCAGGCCUCCUGGCCCGCGGGCAGCUCCCCCUCAGCCAGAGGGGCUACCAGAGCAGCAGCCUCCACAAUAACAGCCCCUGUGUCCACCUGGAACCAUGACCACCCAGGCCAGCGUUUGCUGACAACACUGACACGUGAUGACUGGGGACUGGAUCAGCGUCGACCCUCCUGGAAGAGGCACGAGGGAGCAUUUAAUUCUUAAAGCUGCUUAGAAUCUGCUGCCUUGAUUUUCAGGGAUAAGUAACUCUUACCUACGCUGAGUUGAAUGUUUGUUGCAGUGCCAUAUGGAAUAACAACUGUCCGUGGCUUCCUUUUUCCCUCCUCCCACCCUUCCCCCUCCCCCCCUGGAAACAUAUGUGAGACGCUCAGAAGAAUGUGUACUGUAUCCAGCUGUCUUUCCUGGGUCCCUUUGCUCAUUCUCUCCACGUGCAUAAGCUCCUGUAUCGGCCAUCUUUGAGGUCUUAUGCAUCAACACUAAGGACCGAUCAGUGUAAAGAAACCCCAGGUAGCUUCAGGUUUCACAUGUUUGAAAAUAGAAUUUGCCUUUUAAAUUAAAAGGAAAAAGAGGAGAGGGUGGGGGGGGGCGGUAGCUUCAGUGUUCUGAAACUGCAAUAACUGAGAAAUUAUUUUACCAAUCCUCGUAUAUUUAUCAAAUAUACGACAUAUUUGUUAUUUAAAAGGCAGGCAGGAGGCUUCUUAAUAUUGGUGACCGUCACACUUUAUACCAUACUCCUCCCCUUCAGAGGCUGCAGGGCGUUGUUAGGCCUGUGUGGAUUUCACUCUGGAGUGGAACAUAUAUAAACCAUUGUGAACUGACUCCGUGAGCGACUGUGAAUUUGCCCGCUUACUCAAUGGCAUUCGCUUGCUUGGUCUCACUUGGUAUGGAAGCCAGAGGAUGGAUGGCCUAGGAGAAACCAGGAGGGGACAAUUCCAACGUGCACUCUGAACUGGUACCAAGGUCAUAAGCACCGUUUCCCAAAAGGGAAGCAUUUGUUCCCGGGACCCCUUUACUCUGCAUUCUUGUUGCAGUAAGAGCAGCCCCUUCGCCUGAACUCUGUCCGUCGGGGAUACUUGACAGACGCGACUUUAUUCUCUACACUCAGAGAAGGAGAGAUUGAUGAACUCAGUGGCCGAGAAAAGCCAAAGCCCGUUUGUACUGUUUUCUAUGCUGUUCAGGUAGAUUUUUAUUUCUGCCAGUUUUAUAUCACAGUAAGAAGGGACCUGCGUGCUUAGACACUGUCAUCAUCAUCUUCCUCCCGCUAUUCACAUGAGGAAAAUCAGAGCUGCUGCACUUAAGACUUGUUAAUAGGAUGAGAGGAAAACAAUUUCACACGUCACACACAGCAAGGGGCUGUUAAACUUACGCUGGAUUUGCACUGUUAGGAGCAGAGAGAGGUAUUGCCUACGUUAGUAUCUGAGCAGGUUUUCUGACCUCGGUCUCUCUAUUCUUUUUCUCAUAAUCCUUCAUCUGCCAGGAAAACUGAAAAUUUGAUUAGCCUGUAGAGUGAUAAGACUUUGGUUUUGGAAGUUAGGAUUGUAUUCAGAACUAGAUGUAAUUGGUCUCUAAUGAACAGGUAGGUUUUCAGUGUGAAAUUAUGCUGUGUGUGUGUGUGUGUGUGUGUGUGUGUGUGUGUGUGUGUGUGUGUGUGUGUGGAGUAUUAUGAGAAACCUGGUAAAUUCCCUUCCAGGUAAAUUGCUUCCAAAUUUGAAGAGAUGGUCACAGAACUGUAUGAAAUAAGAGCCUAUAUGUGAAAAGAGUAGGAAAUGUUAUCCUUGGAAGUGACUGUCCCUUUGGGUGCCCCUCAUCAUAAAUAGUGACAUUGAAUGAGAUUUGAGUGCAUUUGGUACCACAUUCUGGUUAUCUUCUCCAUUACCUCUUCUCCCUCCCCUUCAAAAUAAGUAGAAUCCACAAUUCACCUGGAUGGAGCUCUGAGUUUUUUUGUGAAGAAACCUUCUGAGAUGACUGUCAGCUUUAUUUGUUUCUGUAGCCAACCAUCUGAUUUCUCCCCAGGUGCGUUUGUGUCUCCCUCUCUGCUCCCCUCCAUUGGUAGUUCUUACAGCAGGGGCACCUCCUAAAGAUGAGGGGAGAGUGUUGGCAAGCUCUCCAUGCCAGAACAAGCCUCUUCCUAGUUUUCCACUUGCCACAUCCUCUUCUUGUGAUUAGUUUUCAAAGUACCCAUCACUUGGUUUGUUUUCACCUCCCUGGGGUCAUUUUUUUAACCAGAAAUUUGAAUAGUAUGUUUAAAAUAACAUACUUCCUGUGGAUUCAUUUAGAAAAAAUCUCAACAUACUUAGCUAGUUUUUUUGUUUGUUUUGCUUUUUCUCUUUACCUCCCCUCAUUCGCGGGACAUGUUACCUAAGGAAAAAAGGGACUGCAUUUGUGUUUUUUCUCCUAAAAUGAUGCUCAAUAUUUACCUGAACAAAUGGCAUCCAUUUGAAUAAAAUGACAGUAACGAAAGCUAGCUAAUGUCAGUGACAUGAAACUAACUCAGGGAUUCAGGAGUUUUACCUUUAGAAUUAAUUCAUGGUUAGCAGAGGAAAUGCGGCUUCAUUUCUCCGUGGUAGCCUGUCGCCUCCUGGUCCCUUUCAUAGUCUGUCUCCUGCCCUGGAAGGUGGUGAUGGGAGUUCUCUUUCGCUUCUAGGCCCCGUGCAUUGGGCUUGUUGGCUGCCGAGUUAUUUCACCACUUAGCUGAGCUUGAGACUGUCCAGUUUACUUCUAUUUGAUGUUGCAAAGGAAGUUUGUUUCUUUCUGUGUUUAAAGAUUAUUGUUUCUCUUUUCUGGGUCGGGCUUCUUUUAAUUUUGGUGAAUCCUCAAGGGCACCAAGCAGAUGAGCGGAAAGUCUUUUUUCCCUCCAAGAUUCUUUAUUUGGUACUUCAGUCAGAUGAACGAGUGAAUCAUUGGACUUGAUACACUUGAGGAUUUGUUGCCCUUCUACAGAUUAAUUUGUAAAAGUUUCAAAUUAUUUGUUUGUUAACAGAUUAUAAAUUUGUUAAGCUCUUUUGUCUCUGCACAGGUAGGAAAUUUCAGAAACACCCCCCGGUGACCUGGUGAGAAGCUGGUACUCUGUUUGAUUAAGGAACUGCUGGUGCUGAAGUGUUUUCUAUAGAAGUUUGGUUUAGAUCAACCCCCCGCCCCUUCCUUGCUCCAGUGUUUUGGAAGUGUGCAUGCAGGCCUGUAAAUGAAGCCCACCACGCUUCCUGUCUGUAGCAUGUCUAACUACAUGUGCAGACCAUUUCCGGGGGGUAGGGGGUGUUGGACUAAGGUUUUGUGUGCAGUUUUCAAAGCAAAAUGCUUCAGGUAGAUUGCCCCCCUCACCUGCCAGGAGGAGCAGUGUGGGCUUUUUGCCCCAGUGACAACUGGGAUUGUUUUGAAAAUGAGUUUAACGUGUUACCCAUUAUUAUGCCUAGCUGGGUGCAGGAAAUCCUGAGAACAAGAGAAACGUCUGUCUCCGUGCAGAUGUUGUCAAGUCGCGGCGCUCCAGUGGGAUUUUCCACUAUAGAGUCAAUAUGCCAUGCUCUCUGAGGCAACAAGUUGGUUUGUAAAUGCGUUGAGUUUGCUGAAAAGAGAUGAAAUUUUUCCUUCUAUUUGCCAGUCCCUGAAAAUUUAAUACAACCCCAGUUUUAAAUGGCUUGCCUUUUUAGCCUGACCGUUUGCCCAAGAGAGUGUGUGUGCAUAGGCAGGUCUGUGGGUGUGUAUGGAGUCGUCGCAUGCUCACAGGUUCUCCCAUGUGGACUGGCAAACACACUGACACUGUCCUCUCUGAUGUAGAGAGAGAAAUCAUCAUAAGAUCCCAGUGUAAGCGCUAUAAACACACAGAAAAGGAGGCUUUUUAAGCUGGCAUUGAGAAGGAUCACCACGGCAGACUUUGUACAUUUGUUUUGUAUUUAGUGAGAUGCAACAAAAAGGUUGGUGAUGUGUAAUAUACUUGUGUAAACAAACAAAUCCUGUUAAUAGAGAGAUGUACAGAUUCAUUUUGUACUGUAUCUUGAAACUUGUGAAAUAAAGAUUCCGCCUCUG